GCCCUGCGGCCCGGGGGGCGGAGCGGAAGUACAGACCACCCCCAGCCGGCGCGGCGGCGCAGCCAUGGGGGCUCCCGGGGGGAAGAUCAACCGGCCUCGAACGGAACUGAAGAAGAAGCUGUUCAAGCGGCGGCGGGUGCUGAACCGGGAGCGGCGAGUGAGGCACCGAGUGGUCGGGGCCGUGGUAGACGAAGGGCUGAUCACGCGGCACCACCUCAAGAAGCGGGCGUCCAGUGCACGUGCCAACAUCACUCUAUCUGGGAAGAAGCGCAGAAAACUCCUCCAACAGAUCCGGCUUGCCCAGAAAGAGAAGGCAGCCAUGGAAGUGGAAGCCCCCUCAAAGCCAGCUAGGACUAGUGAACCCCAGCCCAAACGGCAAAAGAAGCCAAAAGCCCCCCAGGAUGUAGACAUGGAAGACCUUGAAGAUGAGAGCUAAAGUUCUUACCUCUUCCACCAGAAGAUUCUUGACCAGAGCCAGAAGGACCCUGGUUGGUUCAGAGGACUUUGGAGAAGGCAUUGCCCUUUUUCAGUCUCCCCAGAUUCUGCUUCCACUAAUGGUCUACUGGCCUCUCUUGGAGGGAUGUGUUGGGAAGAAAGAGGGUACAGAAGAAAGACUAGAGAGGGGCCUCUCUAGAUGUCAACUCCAUUUGUAAUAAAGCUGUAGAGCUCUGA